AUGAAAGAACUUUCCAUUUCGACGUUCAAGCUGAAAAAUUUUAAUCUUGAGUGCCUGAUGGCCGAGAUAAUUCGAGGAAAAAACACGAAAGAUGCAAUCAACCAGCUCAAAGAACUAAAAGACGCAAUUUUUCACAAGAAGCAGCAAAUUCUGAAGAUCCUCAAGCAAAAGGGCAAUCUGAACUUUUCUGAAGUACUCAACACGUUUUUUGGCGAGCACAAUCAUUUACAUUUGGGCGCACUGGGAGGUAUCGGGGAUGCCAUCGGCAGAUACAACAGCUUAAGAGAGAUGAAACUGUGUAAACGAAUUAUUGUGCAUAUCGAUGAGAUAAGGAAUGGUUUUUACGAAAAUAUAUGUGCUCUCAUAAAGACAGAGGAUAUCAACGAUCUCUACAUGCUCGCCCACGUAUUUUUGUUCUUCAAUGAGAUGAAAAAGGGAGGAGGUGAUCUGGAUAGAGAAGAAAAUAGCAACUUGGACAUUGCAAGAUUGGACCGGAUUCUGGCGUUGAAAAAGGAAUUUGUUGACACAGCAAGGAACAACUUUGAACGGGCGCAAAAGGAAAAAAAUGUAUUUGUCAUGAAAGGGACAUACAGGGCACUUAAAGUCCUGAAGAACGAAAGCAUCCUGGUGAACAGUUUUAUGCAGAACCUGAAAAUAUUCAACCUGAUUUGUGAGGAAGAAGAUUGUGAUGAGCUGGUUUUUAACCUUGAUUUCUUUGAUUAUAGCAACUGGUUUUUCACGUUUGUCGAUGCUGUGCAGGAAACAUAUGAGAACGAGCUAAUUAAUCUUGAAGAUGUGCUUGAUGCCCAGGUAAUACAGAAAAUCAAUGAAAAGCUUUUUGAAACUGUGAUAUCAAAUGCGGUGGGAAAAUUGCUGCGCCAGAAGAAGGAAAUUGAGUUUCUAUGGUAUCUCAGCAACUCAUAUGCACGAGUGCAAAGUUUAUAUCGAUUUAUUUCCACGUUUUACUCAUUUAAUUACAGUGUGCGCGAUAUUUUCUCGCAGCAUUUCGUUGGCAUAAGCAAGAGGGAGAACGAUUGCACGGAUUUUGCGCUUUCGGUCAUGACCGGAGGGGCAGAAACACAAAAAAAGUACGUUCUGCUUAACGAGCAGAUGCACGCAGAACAGAACGAGCGUGCAAUUAUUUUGAAAAUGCUGUGUAUCUACAACUUCUUCUACAUGCGCAGUGAGCUGCUCAAAUAUGAUGGCGAUGACGUAUACUUUGUGAAGAAGCAUUUUUUGAAGAGCAUAGAAACACUGAUAAUGAAGGACCUGCGUUAUAAUCUGAAAAAUUUCCAUAAACUAAACGAGCACUUUUUUAUUUUGAAAAAGCUGCAGCUGGAGAGCAAAUUUAUUAAGGACAAGAUGCGUGAGAUCUUUGAUGGCUAUCUCAACGACAGUAAAAAAGAUCUGAAAAUAAUAACCAAAAACCUGACAAUCGAUGAUUUAGGCAAGAAGGAAAACAGAAUGAUCGAUAAACUCGUAUAUUUUCUCAAAAAUGAGAACAAAAAGAUACACAAAUACGUGAAGGGGCCCAAUGCACUUGCUCUUUUCUAUAAUAUCAUUGAUUACGCGCAUGACAGCCUCUAUAAACACAUCCUAAUGCUAACCUAUGACAUGGAUCAGGCACGUAUUCUGUAUAACGAUAUAGAAACGGUACGCAAGUUUCUGAAGAAGAUGAAAAUGUUCGAGACACCGUUCGAUACCCUCAAAAAUAUUGUGGAGCUAUUGGUACUUGAGAAGAACGUGCUGGCAAUAUAUGUACAUGGAUUUAAGGAGCUAGAAAGGUCAGAAAUAAAAAGAAUUCUAAAAUGUAGAAAGGAUUACGUGCAUGUGAAGGAGUGUUUGAAUGAAUUUUAGUCUUAAAUGCAUGGUUCAUCCCUAUACAUCGUAUCUUAUUACGGUCAUUAAAUACGAGUAAAAACAGAGUUAUGAUAUUUUUGUUUGGACCAUUAUUUGUGGUAAAAGAGCUGUGCCAUGCAAAUGUUGUAUUCUGAUAGCU